UGCCGCACACACCGGAGGGCACAGUGUUACAGACGGUCAGGAAAAAAAAACACAACAUACCGGCGUGGAAAUGUUGGUGAGCUGAUUUAGGAGCCACGUCGAGAAGCAGGGGAGCAGGUCUAAUCUUACCUCGGCACUUUUUUGUGUGUGUUUCAUGAAGCAAUAAACUAGCGGGGAGACCGGACUGUAUUUUUACGCACCGGCCACGCAGCAUGCCCGAGUUGGACUAGAAGCGACCCUGCCGGAGCGCAACACGCACGCGUAACGCCACUGAGAGCCAGGAGGAAUAUUUACAAUAGAAACUCAAUUCCUUUUUUUUGGGGGGGGGAAGGAAGAAUAGCAAAAGAAGGAGGCGGAGGAGUGAAAGAUAACACUGGAAUGAAGUGGACCUCGGGAUUCCUGGCGUGCUGCGGAGUUGUGACUGAUGGAUGAAUGUGGUCAUCUGUUGGCUAUAAACGGCGACAGGUACACACACCACCGAGGGCAGCUCUGACAAAGACGCGGCGCGGCGCUCCACCGACAGCCGCAUCGCCAGAUUGUGGCAAAACUGCGCGAUUGGUCAGAUCCGCUCCACGCAUAGGGAUCGCUGAGUUUUGUCCACAGAGUGAAAGAAAAGGUCGUGAGGGGGUGUUUUUUCUUUCUACUGCCUCAGCCACAGGUCAACCAGGACACUCGGUGGGCUGCUGCUGCUUUCCUCCAAAUCCUAUCAAGAACCGGGGCUCCUUCGCACGGCAGUUCAGUUAAGGACACGGGGUCUGGAGCAGAUCUAAAGAAGUCGGACACAAGGACAUGUAUCUGAUAUCGACCUCACAUGCUCCCGACUGAUCGUAGCUCACCUUCCCACCGGGCGAACCGCAGAUAAAGGUUGCCAAGCGCACCGUCCGUAGCUCUAGAGUUCUCGGCUCACUCGUCUUGUGCAUUUAUCAGAAUGGCGGGACUCGGUUGUUGGAAGUAUUACCUCUGGAUCUUUACAAUAAUGUGCAGGUCGGCGUUACCCUCGGCUAAGUCGCUGGAGACUAUAAUCUGGAGCUCGCAGAAUCCCAAGUUUGUGGCUGGAAAAGGCCUGGUGAUUUACCCCGACAUCGGGGACAAGCUGGAUAUCAUCUGUCCCAAAGCGGACCAAGGGAGAGACUACGAAUACUACAAGUUGUAUCUGGUGAAGAGGGAGCAGGCGGAGAGCUGCAGUACAGUCCUCGAUCCUAACGUCCUGGUCAACUGUAACAAACCCGAGAAGGACAUCAAGUUCACCAUCAAAUUCCAGGAGUUCAGCCCCAACUACAUGGGCUUGGAGUUCAAGAGGAACGUCAACUACUACAUCACCUCAACCUCCAACGGUACAGUCGAGGGCCUCGAGAACCGGGAGGGAGGCGUGUGCAAGAGCCGAGCCAUGAAAGUCAUCAUGAAAGUCGGGCAAGUUCCAAAUGCAAACCCCGCCGUGCCGGAGGUCCCAGACAACACCAUACCCGAGUCCAGUCCCAGUCUGCCUGACCAGGAUCGGCCGGGAGCAGAGAUACCAGGAAACACUGACCACAUGAAUCAGGACCAGUCCGGGUCUUCAGAUUCAGAGGGCAUCCUCAGGUCCAAAGCGGCCCUGUUCUCCGUCAUCGGGGUCGGCUGCAUCAUCUUCCUCCUGCUCAUCCUCCUCCUCGUUAUCCUCCUCAUUAAGAUGCGCAAGCGGGCCAGGAAAAACGCCCACUCGCAGCCCCGCCCCUCCGCGCUGUCCCUCAGCACCCUGUCCAACCCCAAGCUGCCGGGGGGCACGGCUGGGACGGAGCCCAGCGACAUCAUCAUUCCGCUGCGGACAGAGAACAACUACUGCCCUCACUAUGAGAAGGUGAGCGGCGACUAUGGCCACCCGGUCUACAUCGUCCAGGAGAUGCCGCCGCAGAGCCCCGCCAACAUCUACUACAAAGUCUGACGCGCUUUUGCGCAGCCGGCGCCCCGGUCAGGAGAUAGAAAGAGAAGGAAAAAAAAAGAGAAGAGCGCUUGACUUAUGUUCGUGGGAAGGACACUUUCCUUUUGCAUUUUCGGGGAACUUGUUUCUUCAAGCCCGUGUUAUUUCUACCACCUGCUGCACAAAUCUGGAGAACCGUGCACUGACCAGUAACCAACGGGGUUAGGAGCUGACGGAUGAGAGACAGAGGUUUAUUCUGUUUGUUUGGCUUGCCUGACAAUCCCCACCUUCUUCCCUCCUCCUCCU